AUUACUAGUAAUUACCAAAAUAUUUCUACAAUCAAUAAAAGUUUGCAAAUAAUUUUUAAAACUCAAAUCAAUCCAUGAGUUAUAAUUGAAUAGGGCAAAUUUCUGCAAUUGGCUGUAGGGCGAUUCAGGUGUCACUGGAAAAUCAUUUUAGUUUUUCAGCUUGAAAAUAAAGUAUGAGCAGGAAAAGAUGGGAAGCAGAAACCUAUCACUCAAAAGAUUUCGAUUGGGACGAAUUGAGAGAAGAAGUAGAACAGAACCCCUCAUAUCAGUUCCAUUUCCUCCCUUUCUCCAAGGUGUUUACUCAAAUUGAAGAAGAAGCUCAGCGAGAUUCCGAAGCUUGGGAUCGAUUUCAUGCCCGCCAUUCUACCGGCAAGUUCUUCAAGGAGAGGCGAUACUUGCUGAAGGAAUUCCCAGAACUAGCUUCAUGCGAGGACAAUUCUAAGGUUUUGGAGGUGGGAUGUGGCAAUGGCAGUACUGCCUUACCUAUAUUGUGUGGACGAGAGGGCAUCAUCUUAUAUGCCUGUGAUUGUAGUAAUGAGGCUCUUGAGAGGACUAAAGAGAUUAUUACUGCUUCUACAUCUAUAUCUGCUAUACUUCGCUUUCACCCGUUCCUUUGUGAUUUUUCAACAACUGGAUUUCCCCCGUGGUUGGCCAGCAAUCCCUGUUCAGAAAGCCCCUUUAACGGGCAUCAUUUAGGAACUUUAGAGGCUUAUGCUGGUGGUAACUCUGAUGAAGCUAAAGGCUGCAUUGGUGGAGUAGAUUUCGUCACAUUGAUAUUCACUUUGUCAGCCUUACCCCUCGACAGGAUGCCUAAGGCCAUCAAUGAGUGCUUUGAUAUUUUAAAGCCAGGGGGCAUGCUUUUAUUUAGAGACUAUGGGAUUUGUGAUAUGACUAUGCUUCGAUUUGAUCCUCAACAAAGAAUAGGAUAUAGAGAGUACGUGCGGUCAGAUGGAACACGAUCUUAUUUCUUCUGCUUGGAUACUGUUAGAAGUUUAACUUCUGCUGCCGGUUUCAUUGAGUUAAUGCAGGAAAUAGGAUGUUUUCUAUCAUCUUCUCUCCACUAAACUCCAUUCAAUAGAAGCAACGGUAGUGUUGUGGUAGAUAGGGAUACCUGCGGCUUGUUGAUCAAGAGAGGGAGGAAGGGAAGUUUCAGUUCCCCAACUUUUGCUCUUCUUUUAUUUGUUUAAAAUUUGAUUCAGAAUAUUCCUUCUCUUUUUUCUUUGUGAUGUUAGUUGCAGCUUUCUAAUUGAGUGAUGAUCCAUACCUGACUUCCACUGUCCCAUUCUUUCGAUUAUUCUUCAUUGUGUGUUCCACAGUUGCCCUGGCCAUAUCCCUUUUUUCUUCUUCAUCUUUCCAGCCGUCUGACGGUUACAUUGUUUAUGCUAUCUUUCUCUCGCUUCUUCCCCAAAGAAAGCCCUUUUCAUGGAGCCCUCUUCCAAACAUUAAUGUAUUCUCCAAUCAUUGUACUUUAGCUAUUAUAGCCCAUUGGGGUGGAGCCUUUUAAGCGAUGCAAUGACACGACAUGGACAGCUAGAAACUAUUUAUUCUCGCCUUACCAAAACGGCUAUAAACCCUUUGAACAUUAACUAUCCCAAUACCCUGUGGGACUUGCAUUGCCCUGAUCACCUUUAUUCCUCCAUUGGACAGACCAUUAGGGUUUUGAUACCGUUAAAUAUUCAAAAAUCUCAAUGUGUAUUGUGUCCACGUUUUACUAUCUAUGAUUAGCCAAUCUAAUCUUAUAUGAGAAUGCUUUACUAAUCUCCGAACAAUGUCCUCUUCUGUGUGCAUUACUUUAGAAUCAUGGGAUUAAACGGAAUCCACCUGGCUCUCAUGUAACGACACUAGUAAGGUUGUUUCUUUGUAUACAUAAGAAUAUGGCAUUAUGGUACAGAUAUUGUCCAGUUCUGUUUCUAGCUGUAUGAUUUGUGUCUGAGUCCAGUUCAGAUACAAAAUAGAGGAAGAUAUUAGUUUUAGCUAGAUUGAACUGUUAGAGAAACAAAUGAGUGACUUGGAGAUGUUUGU